AUGAGUUUUUCAAAGUAUUUCAGAAGUAUACCUGAUUGUUCAGUUACUUUCGAUGGGGCUUCAAUAAGAUUGGAUCAAAAUCAUUUCAUUAAUAAUCAUUCUGAGGACUUUGAUAUAGAGAAUAGUGCUAAGCACGGCACAUUUUUAAAUGAUUUGGUAUUCAGGGCGGUUGGUGGGGAAAUGGUGCUUGUAUUGGGAAAGUCAUCAUCUUCUUUUUUUAAGGCGUUAUUCGAGAAUCAUGAUCGUAUGUCCUACUUUCCAGAGGGAUCCAUCAGGUUUAAGGAUAACGAAUAUAAAAGCUUUUCCACAAAAUGUCCCCAACAUAUCAUUUACAAUAAUGAGGACGAUAUUCAUUUCCCAACUCUUACGGUUAAGCAAACUGUUGAUUUUGCGUUAGAUUGUAAGUUCUCUCUAUCGAAGAGUGAGCGUGAUGAGCUUAGAGAUGCCUUGUUGGAAGAGCUAGGUCUGGCAAAUGUGGCAGAUACACGAGUAGGCGAUGAAGCUAUUCGUGGUAUUUCAGGUGGGGAGCGGAAAAGAAUUUCUAUUCUCGAAACAUUUAUUGCUAAUGGAUCCUUUUAUCUUUGGGAUAACUCCACAAAGGGCCUUGACUCUUCCACAGCUCUUGAAUUCUUAAAUACCUUGAAAAGGUUGACCCAGACUACAAAAUCUGUUAAUUUUGUCAAGAUUUCACAAGCGAGUGAUAAGAUAGUCCAGAAGUUCGACAAGAUUUUACUACUAUCAGAGUCUUAUCAAGUGUUUUACGGCACCGUUGAAGAGUGUCUUGAAUACUUCACCUGUACCCUGGAAAUCCCAAAAGAUCCAAAUCUCUGUGUCAUUGAAUAUCUAACAUCCAUUUUAAACUUCCGACCCGAAUCCACUGAGCAUGGCAUGAAAAUGACCCUGCCUCAUUUUCAAGUAAUGACACCAAAUUUCGAAGAGUAUCUCCACCAAAAAUGGAUUGUGUCUUGUAAUCAUGAUAAUUGGAAACAUAUAACGUCAAGACAGAUUGAAGAAGGGUGUGACCGGUUUAAUGAUGAUGAUUUAACCCCCUUAUUCGAUACUACUAGGUGUACACAAAUUCGUUGUUGUACAAGAAGAGCAUUUCAGCGACUCCUUGGUGACAAAGGUUUUAUUUUUGCACAAGUAGUGUCGGCAGUUGUUGAGGCUCUUGUCACAGGGUCUUUGUUUUAUGAUAUUCCUCUAACGACACUGGGUUCCUUUUCGAAAGGUUCUUUGACUUUCUUUGCUGUAUUGUUUUUCACGUUUAUGGCUCUAGCUGAUAUACCAGAUACUUUCCAAAGGCAGAUGGUUGUGAAUAAGCAAGUUAAGCUACACUUUUAUUCUAGAUGGAUUGAAGCAUUUGGGAAUACUAUUCAUGAUUAUGUCUUCAAACUUAUUAUUGUGAUUCUCUUCACUAUAAUACUGUAUUUUUUAGCUCACUUUCAAGCUGAUGCUGCUCGUUUCUUCACAUUUCUUCUAUUUCUCAGCAUAUUCAAUUUCACCAUGGUAUCACUGUUCUCCUUUAUAGCUUUCAUUACUCCAAAUAUAUCAAUUGCAAACUCAGUUGCAGGUAUAGUGCUGUUAGCAAUUGCAAUGUACGCAUCAUAUGUCAUAUACAUUCAGGACAUGCAUCCGUGGUUCGUAUGGAUUGCCUACAUCAACCCUGCGAUGUUUGCUAUGGAAGCUAUAUUGAGUAAUGAACUCUUCAAUCUGCAACUUGAUUGCUCAGAAAUGAUUGUUCCGAGAGGCCUAAAUUAUUCAGAUGUUCCUUUCAGCCAUAAAACUUGCGCUUGGCAAGGAGCCACCUUAGGUAGGUCAUUCGUAUAUGGAAAGGACUAUUUGAAGCAAGCUCUUAACUACACUUAUGGGCACGUUUGGAGGAACUUCGGUAUCUUAUUGGGAUUCCUGGCGUUCCUGUUGGUAAUUUCGCUGCUGGCAGCUGAGUAUGUCCCUCCGUUGUUCAACAAAAUGACGGAUUAUGAAAUUCUGGGUAGAUUUCAUGAUUAUAACGCAGCGAGAAAAUCCUCAAGAGGAUACAUGGUUCAAGAUGAGCGUCCCGACCAUAGUUCUAGCUCGUCGAUUGACUUAUUUAUGUCCCAAAAGAAUAUCAUAUCAAAAUCUGAUGAAUGCAUGGAAACUGGUACAUAUGUUGAAUCUCAAAAUCACGUCUUCUCAUGGAGCAAUAUAGAGUACACGGUCAACGGCAUGAAACUAAUAGAUGGAAAUUCUGGUUUCGUUGCCACUGGGAUGACAGCACUAAUGGGCGAAUCGGGAGCCGGUAAAACAACCUUGUUGAACAUAUUCUCAAGAAUGACUAAAUCUGGAGUUGUAAGCGGGCAAUUUCUCAUUGAUGGAAAACCCCUUGAGAAUUUGACUGCAUUCAGUCGCAGUAUUGGAUUUGUGCAACAGCAAGAUGUACAUCUUGAUCUGCUGACUGUGCUUGAGUCGCUUGAAGUUUCGUGCGUUUUACGGGGAGACGGGGACAAGUCGUACAUUAAUGUGAUAUCAGAUUUACUGAAGUUAAAUCCUAAUGUUCUUGUGAGAGAUCUUACACCCACUGACAGAAAGUUGCUUUCAAUUGGUGUAGAACUUGUCACGAAGCCUUCUUUGCUUUUACUACUGGAUGAGCCCACAUCAGGUCUGGAUUCCCAAGCUGCUAUGACAGUAGUGAAGUUUUUGAAAAAGCUCUCUUUGCAAGGGCAGGCAAUCUUAUGUACAAUUCAUCAGCCUAGCAAAGCCAUUUACAGUCAGUUUGAUAAUAUAAUGCUAUUAAAAAGCGGAGGGAAAUGUGUUUACUUCGGGCCAGCUCAAAGUGCUGCUCGUUUUUUUUUGAAGUAUGAUGAAACGUUGACCUUUGAUGGUGAAAGUGACAAUCCGGCAGACUUCGUGAUUGACGUUGUUGGACACAAUGGGGGCAUUAAAGAGGAAGAAGAAAAUACUGGAGGGAAGGUCAUGAAUUGGCCCCAAAUUUGGAAUGAUUCGUUAGAGAAUGAAAUUGUGUCGGAAAAGAGAGAAAAUUUGGAACAGGAAGCUCUCGAAUUAUCAAUAGAUUUCACAAGAUCGGUGCGAAAGGAAGUAUCUUAUACUAAACAGUUGUUGUUAAUCACUAAGAGACAGUAUUUAUGCAUGAAACGAGAUAGGGCUUAUGUGAUUUCCAAAUUUGCAUUGAAUGGUGGGGCUGGUCUCUUUGUUGGAUUUUCAUUUUGGAACACCAAAUACAACAUUACGGGUCUCAAAAAUGCAACAUUUUUAUGUUUCAUGUCACUUUGUAUUUCAUCUGCAUUGAUAAACCAGGUACAAAAUAAGGCUCUGGAGGCUAAAGGUGUUUACCUGACGAGAGAAGCUAGUACCAAUACCUACCACUGGUCUAUCUUUCUACUUGCUCAGCUAAUUGUAGAAAUACCUCUAGCAAUAGCAAGUUCAACUUUAUUCUUCUUAUGCUGUUAUUUCUGUUGUGGAUACAGUUUCGCACCCCAUAUUGCAGGCGUCUUUUAUCUAAACUACAUUGUAUUUUCACUUUAUUAUUUGACCUUUGGUAUGUGGCUGAUAUAUUCUACUCCCAACUUGCAAACGGCUGCUGUGAUUGUUGCUUUCCUUUAUAGCUUUACGGCGGAAUUCUGUGGUGUGAUGCAACCUUAUUCACUGAUGCCUGGAUUUUGGAAGUUUAUGUAUAGAGCUUCACCUUACACGUACUUUGUUGAAAAUUUCGUCAGCCUUUUAUUGCAUGAAAGACCUGUUAUUUGUAAGCCAAUGGAAGUUGUCCCUACCAUGCCACCGCUUGGUGAGACUUGUGGGGAAUUUAUGCAAGACUUCGUUGAUGAGUUUGGCGGGAAAAUGGUAAAUCCCAAUUCUACUAGCAUCUGUGCGUAUUGUGCAUACGCUAUUGGUGAUGAAUUUCUGAAAGAUCAAUUCAUGAGCUACAGCCAUAUAUGGAGAAACUCUGGAAUAGAGUUGGCGUUCAUUGGUUUUAAUGUUGCGGCCAUGUUCGCUGGAUUCUAUGUGAUUUAUGUUCGUACUGGGUGGAUUUCGACCACUAAAAACUUCUUGCAAAAAUUACUUUGCUCAAAAUAUGUCAAGAAACACGUAAAUUCGUAUUAA